CAGACUCGAACGGUUCUACGCAGAGUGUUUGUGCAGCGAGCAGUGAGUUUUGCAUAGUGAGUGUUGUGGUGCAGUCAACGAUCAACAGGAGGAGCAGAGCGACAAACAAAAAAUAAUCAACGGCAAAUGCUUUUGCGCGUGCGCCAAAAACUAAAUGCAAUUAUCUCAUUUACAACAAUUAGUGCAAAAGCGACAAUUGAUUUUGAUUUUGAUUUCGGCAUUUUGUGCGCACUUUGAUUAAAAUCAAACUAAAUGGAUUAACAUAGAACCAAACAAAUACGUGUAAAGUAAAUUAAUUCAAGUGUAAAUAUUGCGGAAGUGUUUUUGAGUGAAAAAAUGGAACACGCAAGUUUCGAUGAUCAAAUCUUUGGCGACUUUGGCAGUGGUCCUCUGAGUCCACUGGGCGCCAGCAAACCAUUGCUGCCAACAUCUACGUCAACUUUGACGCAUAGCAGCCUGCAUCCUGUGAUGCUCGGUAGCGUUGUCCACGAACUCUGCAGCCAGCAACAGCAGCAGCAACGUUUGCCCGACUGCAACACCAUUCUGCCCAAUGGCGGCGGCUCAGGAUCACCGAAUUAUGCACAAAAAAUGGACUUUGGCAACAAGAUGGGAUGUUUCUCGCCCAGCCAAAAGUACGAGUACAUAACAACGCCUCAAAAACUGGUCGAUCAACAGCAGCAGCAGCAUCAUCAGCACUAUGCGGUAACGCCGCCGCCUUCACAUUCCCAUGCCCACAACCACAAUGGCAUGUUGCAACACCACAAGCCACAGCAGCAACAGCAGCAGCAGCAGCUGGUGGGGAUUAUGAGUGACUAUCAUACGCUCAACGGCAAGCUGGACUAUUCGCCCAAGGAUCAAUAUGAGCCACAGCAGCAACAACAGCAGCAACAACAACAUGUGCAGCUGCAACAUCUUUACGGCGGCAGUCCGCAUCAUAGUCAUGGCCAUGCCCAUGUGUUGUCCCACGAAGAUGCCAGCAAUGGCAAUGGACUACUGGAAGCGACACCUUUGCUGCUCUCAAAUAGCGCCACUGCCGCAGGAGGCAAGCAUAAAAAACCCGAUGAGUUGUGCGCCCAAAUGGAGAAUCCAAGUGCUGCAACAAAUGGCAUCGUCAAUGGCAAUAAUUCCACCAAUAAUGGCAGCAACAGCAGCAACAAUAGCAGUGCUAGCAAUUCAACUACCACGGGCAACACUGUGGCAGGAGCAGCGGGCACAGGGGCAGCAGCUGCUGGUGGCAUCGCAGGGACAGCGGCCAAGAAGGACAACAGCAACAAGAAGAAGGGAGAUCCGAAUGGCAUUAAAAAGAAAAAAACGAGAACGACAUUCACUGCUUAUCAACUGGAGGAACUGGAGCGCGCUUUUGAGCGUGCUCCUUAUCCAGAUGUGUUUGCACGCGAAGAGCUGGCCAUCAAGUUGAAUCUGAGUGAAUCCCGGGUGCAAGUUUGGUUCCAAAAUCGUCGAGCCAAGUGGCGCAAGCACGAGCCACCUCGGAAGACGGGUUACAUCAAGACGAACACUCCGCCAACAGCGGCAUUGAACAGCACGCUGGCGCCACCUUUCGCCAGUUUUCCGCAGACGACAACAGUAACACCGCCGGGCAGCAUGGACAGCUGGACCUCGUAUCAGACGCCCUACGAGUUGAGUCCGCAGUUCGGACUUUUGUCGCCGGCCCCAAGUCCAUAUGGCACCUACUCUGGCCAAUAUGGCACCUAUGUCCACGAGACGCAGCUCUUCUCGAUGCGCCACUUUGACUACGGCAGUCCGCCACGCAUUGAGAUGAAUGGCGGCGGCGGUGGUGCAGCGGGUGGCAGUGGAGGAGAUGGCGGUGAGGCAACGGGCAAUGGCUAUCAGACAACGGAUCUGCAGCAACUCGAUGGCACUACAAGCACGCAGCAGCAGCUAGCCGAUGGCACCAUGGUUACAGUGCAUCAUCAACAGCUUAACAAUGGUGGUAAAUAUCUCAGUGCCGAAGAGGCUAAAUAUGUGCAAGUGCAAUGCCAACCGCCGACGGGACUCGAUAACAAUAAUGCUGCUGCCGCUUGCCACAUGGAGACGCAUCAUUACGUUAGCGCAGCGUCAGCCGCAGCAGCGGCAGCGAAUGCAUCGACAUCGGGCAGCAGCGAUGACAAUGACAGUGGCAUGCAUACUGUGAUUAAGAGCGAGGACACGGUGCAGCAGCAACAGCAACAACAACAGCAGCAGGCGCAAAAUUAUGUUCUGCCUCCUUUUUGCCCUAAGAGAAAUGCUCACUCACCGUCGCCAGCAGCAGCAGCGACGCUCUGCCACAGUACGCUUCAAGCGGCCAUUUUGAAUAAUUGCGUGCUGUGUGUGUGUGUGCGAGCAUUUCAAACUGUCCUAAACUGUCUAGCAAAUGUAGAGCAAUUAUCGAUAACAACACAAUCGGAAUAUACUCAUCAGUGUGGCCAUUCAACAUUUAUCGUUAUUUUUUAAAUCACUUGGCGCUUGCGCCUAGAACAUUAUAUUUUUAUUUAUUGUUACAUUUUGUUAUCUGAUCAGAAUUGGUAAAGCCCGUUGGAGCGGCUUGAAAAUAUUUUUAAACAGUCUAUAAUAGUUAUUUUUUAUUUGUAAUUCGAGUUUUCUGCCACGCUGAUGCGCUUUGUUGCCGUGGGUUCCUUUUAGUUUUAAUGCAUUUUAGUUAAGUUAACCAACCAACCAACCAGAAGCAACAAAAUCGACAAGUCUUGCCAAAACUUAACAUCUUUAAUUAUUAUAGUUUUUAAUUAUUAUUUUUAAUUAUAACGUUGAUAAAAUAUCGCAACGCCAAGAAUGCAUUCCAAAUGUGCCUUACAAGCGACGUGAUCAGAAAUCGAGAGAUAAAUCAUUUCGCAUUUACUUUGUUUCUG